AAUGGCUUCGGUUAGUCCUGAAAAUAAUGGCUUAGUGCAAGGAGAGAUGGAUUAUAAGGGUGGGAUGAGAAAACGAACGAUUAUUUCAGUAGUUCUUGGACUCUUCUUAGCCGUGGUUCUUACAGCUUUCAUAACAAUUUUGGUGAUAUAUCUGAAAGGAGAGAAUAUAAAAGAACGAGAGGAAGGUGGAUAUAAAGUUAAUGCAUGUGACAACCAUGACUGUCAGAAUGGGAAUUGUGUGGCAGACAAAUCCAGAACACGAGGAUACACGUGUAAUUGCACUCUUGGCUAUGUCGGUCAUAAUUGUGAAGCUGAUGCAUGUAACAUCACCUAUUGUAAGAAUGAAGGCAGUUGUGAAGCAGACCUGAGUAGAGUACUAGGAUACAAAUGUCGAUGCACUAUAGAUUAUGUCGGAGAAAAUUGCGAAGUUAAUGCAUGUGACAACCAUGACUGUCAGAAUGGGAAUUGUAGGGCAGACAAAUCCAGAACACGAGGAUACAUGUGUAACUGCACUCUUGGAUAUGUUGGACAUAAUUGUGAAGCCGAUGCAUGUAACAUCACCUAUUGUAAUAAUGGAGGCAGUUGUGAGGCGGACCUGGCUAGAGUACGAGGAUACAAAUGCCGUUGCAACAUAGGUUAUGUCGGAGAAAAUUGCGAAGUCAAAGUAUGUGAAAACGGCGAAUGCCAAAAUGGAGGCACAUGCGAAAAAGACCAGUAGAGAGUAAAAGGAUACGUUUGUAGUUGUGCCCCUGGUUAUAUUGGUUACGAUUGUGA